AUGGUGAAGUACGGCCUUGACUACACGCGGUGCAGAUGGAUCCUACCCCUGCUCCUGGGCAUAGGCGUCAUCUUUGGUAUCAUUGCGCUGGCGGGCAGGGGCUGGCUGGGGGCGCAGACCUUACCCUACGUGCAACGAGCAUCGUUAUGGGAGACCUGCAGUAGGCCUGAGCAGGGUGGGGAAUGGAACUGCGAGUCCCUCAUGGGUUACG